AUGGCAAGUUUACCAACAGAUGAGAAUGUCGCCUCGACUGGAUUAUGUCUGGACCAUUGUCAGAGUGAUAAUAGUCCCACCAGUACUUUGACAAAUGGCAAUCAUAGACCAGAGAUUGCACACCAAGUGCCCAUUGCCAUAUGUGGCAUGUCCACACGCCUUCCGGGAGGAUUAAACUCGCCCCAGGAACUAUGGAAGUUCUUGCUCGCCAAGGGUGAUGCUCGUGGUCCUGUGCCAAAGUCCAGAUACAAUCUCUCCGCGCACUACUCGGACAAGUCCAAACCCAGCACCGUUAUCACGGAACAUGGGUACUUCCUUGAUGAUAGUAUUGAUAUUUCCACCAUUGACACAUCUGGGUUCAAUAUGAAAAAGUCCGAGGUAGAGCGGACAGACCCGCAGCAGCGCCAAAUGUUGGAAGUUGCCAGGGAGUGUCUGGAAGAUGCCGGAGAAACUAAUUGGAAAGGACGACCCAUUGGAUGCUACAUGGGUAGCUUUGGUGAAGACUGGCUGGAGAUGUUUGCAAAAGACCCACAGCAGUAUGGCCUCUAUCGGGUCACUGGCUACGGUGAUUUUAUGCUGCCCAAUCGUGUUUCCUAUGAGAUGGAUCUCACAGGUCCAAGCUUGACUGUCCGUACCGGCUGUUCUGCAGCCCUUGUGGCACUGCAUGAAGCAUGCAUGGGAGUAUCCCGUGGGGACUGUGAGGCAGCCAUUGUUGGUGGAGCGAACUUGAUUAUGGGUCCCGGCAUGAGCUCAGCCAUGUCAGAGCAAGCCGUGAUUGCACCAGACGGCUCCUGCAAGAGCUUCUCUGCCGAUGCGAAUGGGUAUGCUCGCGCCGAGGCAAUUUCAGCCAUUUUCAUCAAGCCCCUAUCGAGUGCAAUCCGUGAUAACAACCCCGUGCGAGCUGUUAUCCGCGGCACAGCGACCAACUGUGAUGGCAAGGGAACCGCUGCUGGGAUUCAAGUUCCGAAUGAAUAUACGCAAGAGGCGUUGAUAAGGCAUACCUACAAGAUGGCCGGCAUCACCAACCUUUCUGAGACCGCGUUCGUUGAGUGCCAUGGCACAGGGACACAAAUAGGAGACCCUGUGGAAACCGCCGCCGUCGGACGGGUUUUUGGCCCGGUCGGAGGCAUUCAGAUAGGAUCCGUGAAGCCUAAUCUCGGUCAUUCUGAGGGUGCCUCAGGUCUCACGUCACUCAUCAAAGCAGUCAUGAUGUUGGACCAUCGCAUCAUUCCUCCUAACAUAAAGUUUAACGAACCAAAUCCCAAAAUUCCCUGGGGUUCUUGUGGACUCUCAGUUCCAACGGAGCCAAUGGCCUGGCCUGAGAACCGCAGGGAGCGCGUCAGUGUCAAUUCAUUUGGAAUUGGAGGCAGCAACGCGCACGUUGUCCUCGAUUCAGCUCGUAGUCACGGAGUCCUUCCAAUUCCUACGCGGCCCCUGGUGUCUCCAGAGCUGCUUGUGUACUCUGCCAAUACUGCAGAGUCUCUGGAGAGAAUGAUUACUACCUACAAAGCCUGGGUGCAGAAGAAUCCAGAUCGAUUGGUUGAUCUAGCGUACACCCUGGGUAAUCAUAGAGAGCAUUUACCCUACCGGGCAUUUGCUGUGGCGGACCUUUUCGGUUCUCUCACACCAUCCCUGCCCUUGAAAGCAGGAAAACCGCCAAACGUGGUUAUGGUGUUUAGCGGCCAGGGUGCUCAAUGGCCAGAAAUGGGACGUUGUUUGCUCUUGAGCUCGGCAUUCCCUAUAUUCAGGAAAACAAUCCAAUCACUCGAUGCUCAUUUACGAACUCUCAGCCAUACGGACGAAUGGACCAUCGAAGACGAGCUUCAACAGCCAGCGAGUUGCUGUUGUCGGCAUUCCAGUGGAGAGAUUGCUGCAGCAUACGCGAUCGGGGCUAUCUCGGCAUUUGAGGCGAUCGCUAUUUCGUUCUACCGUGGCAAGGUCACGUCACUGCAACCAAAGAAGGGGGCAAUGGCGGCAGUUGGCUUAGGCUCUAACGAUGUCCAAGCAUAUCUUGAGCCGGGAGUAGUCGUGGCUUGCCAGAACUCACCACAGAGUACUACUCUGGCCGGGGACACUGAUAUGGUUCAGCGUGUCAUUGCUAGGAUAAAAGAGGCCAAACCUGACAUCCUCACCAGACUUCUUCAUGUUGACAAGGCGUACCACUCGCACCAUAUGGAGGAAAUUGGCGACUAUUAUUAUGCCAUGAUUAAAGACAAGGUCUCUCCAAACACCCCCAUUACACCAUUCUUCAGCACUGUCACAGGGAAACAACUGACUCCGGACACCAUCCUCGACGGCACGUAUUGGAAGAGAAACCUUGAAUCACCAGUUCUCUUUCACUCAGCCAUUUCCUCAAUCAUGAAGCUUGAUCUGGCGAAAAAUAUGGUGAUGCUCGAAGUUGGGCCCCAUUCAGCACUUGCAGGCCCUAUACGACAAAUCCAAGCGGAUCAUUCGGACUCCUCACCGUACGUGUCAGCACUGACCCGCAAUCAAAAUGACGUGGAGUCAUUCCUGAGGGCAAUCGGAACACUGCAUUGUCUCAACGUUUCCUUGGAAUUGGAAAAGGUCAUAACCAAGGCAUCAUGUCUGCCCGACCUUCCUAGGUACCCAUGGGAUCACUCGCAGAGCUUCUGGUAUGAAUCUCGGCUAAGCAAGGAGUGGCGACAUCGACAGCACGCACAUCACGAUUUGCUAGGGGUUCGAGUCGUGGAGAGUACCGACUCUCAUGUUCUUUUCCGAAAUGUCUUCCAUCUAGAGAGUGCGUCUUGGGUUCGCGAUCAUAAGGUCGGGGAAGACAUUGUAUUCCCUUUCGCUGGCUAUGCUGCUAUGAUUGGCGAAGCUAUUCGGCAGGUCACGGGUAUCAAUGAGUCGUUUACUUUGCGAAAGGUCACUAUCAACGCUGCUCUGGUGCUAAAUGAGGGCCAUCCUGUUGAGGUUAAUACUGCACUUAUCCGCCAUAAAUUGACAGACACCCUUGACAGUGAGUGGUGGGGGUUCACCAUUGCAUCUCACAAUGGCACUGCUUGGACCACGCACUGCUCGGGGGAUGUUAGUGCCCAUUCUGGAGGGCUUGGAUGCGGGAAAAGGGAUAAACCACUGGUUCGCAAGGUCCCAACUCGUCGUUGUUACGAGGCAGUGGCCAGGGCAGGCCUCAAUUUUGGUCCCGCAUUCCAACGACUCCAUGAUAUCCGAUUUGACACCACAACAACCAAUACAACAUCGGAAGUUAGUGCUAAGUUGGACGAUGGUCUGGGGUACCAUAUUCACCCUACGGUGAUCGAUGCUUUGUUGCAGCUGAUCACCAUAGCACCCUCCAAGGGCUUUGUCAACACCACGACCAAGACCACGGUGCCCACCGCGAUUGAGGAAAUGUGCAUAGCCCGCUGCUCUGAUGACAUCCAAGUCCAGGCCUUUGCAUCUGAGACUCAGUAUGGUUCUAUUAUUGGAGCUGGGAAGUGUGUCACAUCCGACGGUAAGGUUGUUCUGCGCAGCUCAGGGGUAAAACUGUCGGUUCUGGAUGAACAGGCCUACGGAGAGCGUGACGAAACCACAGCUCGGGAAGAAUGGGGGCCCCAUAUUGACUUCCUCGAUGCUCAGACUCUAAUAAAGCCAGCUAUGGAUCGAAGUGUCCAUAUGCCAUUGAUAGAGGAGCUUGUUCGCUUAUGUACGGUUCAAACCAGAAGAACAAUUGCGGGGUUGGAGACCCCAGUUGACCACAUGUACAAGUACAAAUCGUGGAUCGAACGGCAGCGCGAGGCGGACGACAUUCAAUGUCUUGAAUAUCUCGAUAGCGUGGCGAUUGAGUUCCGUGUAGCUCAGAUUCUUAAUGACCUGUCGCAGACUCCUGCUGCAUCGGCUGCGGUGGGUGUUCAGGUGGUUUGCCAAAAUAUUCAAGACAUUUUCACAGGCAACGUGGACGCUUUAGAUGUCCUUCUUGUUGAUGACAUGUUGGCUAAGCUGUAUGUGUAUCUGGAUCAGGCUGAUGAGUCCCAGCUGUUGAAAUAUCUGACUCAUAGCAAGCCCGAUUUGAGGGUGCUUGAGAUCGGCGCUGGAACAGGUGGAUCGACUGCCACAAUCUUGAAGCUGUUGACUCCUGGUGGGGAAGCUCGAUACUCAAGGUAUACUUACACAGACAUUUCGGCCGGGUUUUUCGUUGCUGCGAAGGAGCGGUUCAGUAACUUUCCGCACAUGGAGUUUCUUCCCCUGGAUAUCAGCAAGGACCCAUCUGAGCAGGGCUUCAAUGGUCGGAAAUAUGACCUUAUCCUCGCUAGCAAUGUCCUUCACGCAACAAAGAGUCUCAAUGAGACUUUAUGCAACGUUCAUAAACUACUUGACCCUAACGGUCGACUCUUGCUUCAUGAGCUGACCACGGUUUCGAGAUGGCCUAAUUAUAUUUGGGGAACGUUAGCUGGAUGGUGGUAUGGUGAAGCUGAUGGCCGACCUGAUCAGCCAUAUAUCAACAUCGACCGAUGGACAGCCGAGUUGAGAGCGGCUGGAUUCUGUGCCCCCGAUGCUGCAAUCCCUGAUUCAGAUGUGCCGCACCAGCUAAAUACUAUAAUCCUGGCUAGGCCAGAAGCCCGGGCCAUGCCCAUGAAGAGGGCCACUUUGCUUAGGUUCUCGGAGUCCAAGAACGUGCGCUCUGUUGUCAAAAGCUUCGAGAACAGAGGAUACACUAUCGACCAACGAGGACCACAGGAAGAUGUGCCAGUCGGCCAAGAUGUCAUUUCCUUACUGGAAGAGGAUGGGCCAUUUUUUGAAAAUAUCAGUGAUCGACAACUCGAGGACUUUCAGGCAUUGGCGGGUAAACUUAAUGAAUGUGGGAUUCUUUGGAUAACUGCUGUUUCGCAAGUCCAGUGUCAAGACCCGCGAUUUGGCCAAACAAUCGGUAUUGCUCGGGUUAUGAGAUCUGAAAUGCUGAUUGACUUUGCCACCUGCGAAGUGGACAAUAUCAGUUCAUCGGCAGAUAGGAUUGUCGACGUGUUUGAGAAGUUCCAGAGACGACAGGAACACGACGGCUUUAUAUCUGAUUUGGAGUACACCAUUACUGAUAAUACUGUCAGCGUUCCACGCAUUAAUUCCUUUUCACUGCAGGACGAGCUUCCGAAUUUCGAGAUGGGUGAGAGUAACAUUGCUCUCCGUACCAACCAUCCGGGUCGUCUCGCUGCUUUACACUGGGAGCAGACAUCACUUCGAACGCUGAAAGACGGGGAUGUGGAGGUAGAAAUACACGCAGCUGGUUUGAACUUCAAGGAUGUACUCGUUGCUAUGGGCAUCGUCCAGAAUCCCGGCAGUGGGUUCGGUGUCGAAGGAGCCGGCAUUGUACGCCGCACUGGUGCGGCUGUUCAAGAGCUAAAUCUUGGGGACCGUGUCAUGGUCAUGUCUAAUUCUAUCUUUGCUACACGUGUAGUUUUGUCGGAGAACUUUUGUGUGAAAAUCCCAAGCGGAUUAAGUUUUGAAGACGCAGCUACCAUGCCAUGUGUGUUCGCGACAGUUAUAUACUCCAUCUUUCACAUUGGCAACUUGAAAAGGGGCCAGUCUAUUCUUAUCCACAGCGCCUGUGGUGGCAUCGGCCUCGCCACAAUCAGCCUUGCGCGCAUGGCGGGAGCCGAGAUUUACACAACAGUUGGUAAUGAAGAGAAGGUGAAGUUCCUCAUGGACAAUCUAGGGAUUCCUCGUAAUAGGAUUUUCAACUCUCGCAACACAUCGUUCGUCGAGGACAUUAUGCGGGAGACCGACAACCAGGGUGUUGACUUGGCGCUCAACUCCUUGUCUGGCGAGCUGCUUCAUGCGACAUGGAGGUGUAUUGCGCCAUUUGGAAAGAUGGUUGAGAUAGGCAAGCGAGACCUUCUCGGCUCAGGGAAGCUAGAUAUGCAGCCUUUUCUGGAAAAUCGAAGCUACUGCUCCGUUGAUCUGGAUCAGAUUGGUCUCCGGAAGCCAACCCUAACAAAAGAGCUCCUUAAGGAAACUGUACACCUACUGAAGGAAUGUCACAUCCAACCUAUUCGUCCCAUCAAAACGUUCGAUUGCCAUCGAAUCCUGGAUGCAUUUCGUUACAUGGAACAAGGCGUCCACAUGGGCAAGAUUGUAGUUUCAAUGCGGAAUGCAGCCGCGGAGGUCACUCUGAAUACGCAGACUGUGACGAAGCAAAGCAGGAACAACCAGCUUGAUAGCUCGGCAGCGUAUCUGCUUGUUGGUGGUCUCGGAGGAUUAGGCCGCGCCAUUGCUAGUCGAAUGGUCGAACGAGGUGCCCGUCACCUCAUCUUCCUUUCCCGCUCUGCAGGUGCAACGAAGACCCACUGGGACCUUUCACUAGAGCUUUCUUCCAUGGGAUGCCGGGCCGACUUUGUUCAAGGGAGCGUUUUGAACGUCGACGAUGUGACCAAGGCUAUCAAUUAUGCUCAUGGUCGUUUGAAGGGUGUUCUGCAAAUGUCCAUGGUUCUUCGUGACAACAGCUUUCCGCGGAUGACGAAGGUGGAGUGGGAUACUUCGGUUGAUCCCAAGGUGAAAGGCACAUGGAACCUGCACAGUGCUGCUCUCUCUAUAAAUGCGGCUCUUGACUUUUUCGUUCUCUUUAGUUCACUCUCUGGUAUAGUUGGCCAACCUGGCCAAGCUAACUAUGCUGGUGCUAAUACUUUCCUGGACGCAUUUGCGAAGUACCGCUGGCAUUUGGGGCUCCCAGCCUGCGCAAUACAGAUCGGGGCUGUUGAAGGAGUAGGCUAUGUUGCCGAGAACCCAUCACUAGUGGGCCGAUCUACUCAUUCUGAAAUAAAGGUUUCGGAACAAGAGCUCCUGGGUGCCGUUGAGGCCGCCAUGAAGUCGACGUCAAGAAGCUUUUGUCUUGGUAUCCACUCAAAUAUGUUCCUCGGAAUGCCGGAGGAGCGUUCAACCUGGAAACGUGAUAUCCGCAUGGCAGCCUUUCACCAAGCCAGAGAUCUUGGACCCAGCGCAGAAUCCAGUUCCAAAACCGGGUUACGAUCCUUUGUCGCCAAGGCAAAAGCUGAUCCUGCUUUACUGGGUCAGACCGAGUCUGCUCCCUUUCUCGCUCGAGAGAUUGGGAAGAAAGUGUUUAGUUUCUUGUUGAAGCCGGAGGAGGAUUUGCGCACCUCUUGCUCUUUAACUGAGCUGGGAAUGGAUUCCUUGGUAGCAAUCGAGGUGAGACAGUGGUGGAAAUCCAUUUUCGGGUUUGAUAUUAGUGUCCUCGAGAUGAUGGGCAUGGGAACCUUGGAUAAUCUUGGAGCCCAUGCUGCUAGAGGUAUGCUCCGUUUGUUUCAUGGCGUUGAGGCUUAG